AUGGACGAAUCAACGUGGCAGCAAUUGGCGUCCGAUUGCCUGGAUUGGCCUAGAAGCCUUACAGAGGCAAGCUGCGAUGCGGGCAACCGCCAAGAUGAGCCACUGCCAAGGAGGAGGGGCAAGAGGGCGAACAUGCGCUUACAGAAUUUGAAAAGCUUGCUAUUGCUGAGGGCAGAGUCUGGCCACGGCUCAAGCCAUUCGCGUUUCCGGUCUCUGACAAUACGGGAAUACGAGAAUCAGCUGCGAUCGUACUCGACGCACAAGAAGAUUUUUUGCUACUUUGCCACAAUCAAGGUGAGGAGUGACGCCGGCAAAUGGAUUGUCUAUAUGACGCCCAAGGACUUUGUGCGCUCGAUGUCGCCCAGCUGGAUGCAGCCGGAAGGCCUGGGCCUCAACAACUUUUUCAAAAUGCAUAAGGACUCUAUGCAGAAGCUCGUUAUCCGGGGCGUAUCCAGGGACAGCAUAUUCUACAAGCUUCGGCCCGAUGGCAUGCUCACGUACUCGGACUUCCUGUACCUGCUGCAGCUGGUGGUGCUCUCCGAACGGUAUUUCGAGAUGGGCUUCCAGUUGCUCGACAGCGAGGGCAAGCAGAUGCUCGACAAGAACGAUAUGAGCUUCCUGCUGUUUGGCGCUUCGGACGGCCGCAUGAAGAUCAAAACUUCUGCGAAGCGUUAUUUGUUCGGUCCCGAUCUCGACCAGAAGCUGAGCCUGGACAGCCUUCUCAGGUUCAAGCGGCAGCUGUUCCACGACAUCAUUCAGAUCGAGUUCAAUACGCUGAAAAGGAAGCCGAGGAAAACGCAAGACGAAAUGACAGAUCAAUCGGCGAGCAGGAUAAGCGAGAUGCGCUUCGCCAACUUGUUGCUCGCAUACGCCAGGAUUCCAGGACAUCGGAAGAAGGAGAUACUGCAGCGCACCUAUGCGAGGUACAAGGACAACCGGCGUGGGGUCACGCUCGAGGAGUUCAUGUCCUUCUUCAAGUUCAUUCAGCACCUGCCGGUCAUUCAGACGGCACUCAGCUACCACAUCCUGGCCGGCGCGGGCGUCUCCCGCAGGACAUUCAAGCACGUUUCGGAUGUCGUCGUGGGAGUUCCUCUCUCCGCGCACAUCAUCGAUAUCAUUUUCACCGUGUUCGUCGAUGAGCAGACCGGCUUCUUGAACUGCACCGACUUCAUCGAUAUGGCGCGACAGCGCAUCUCCCGCUGCACAAGGAAGUCCUUUAAGCUGGCGCGAGCGUUCAAGCAUAUCUACAGUUGUGCAGAGAAAACGUUAUUCAGGUACUUCCAGUCCCAGGGAUACCGUUGA